CUUGCCCAUUCAGUGACGAGCACAUUGUGUGAAGCUGCCCUUCGGCCCCGCCAGUCCGAAGCUCUGCUGGCCAAACCUCAGCGUAAACACUGGUGUUGUGGAAGGAACACCACCCGCCCGGUAUCGUCGCCCAUGUCGGCACGGGAACUGUCUCGCUCAUAGUGAUGCUCCGAGCCGAGUGUUGGAGUGCUAUAUAGAUGCUGUCGACAGUGCCUUCAUGCUGCUCAUCAUCCACACAGGAAUCAGGCUCAUCUACAGCUUAGCUUUUUCUAACAAUCCAUAAAUCUCCACACUACCGUCUUUCCCACCAAUUUCACAAUGGCCAUUGGAAACGCUAGCGACAACGCUACUCCCUCCUGGUCCCUCGAGGGCAAGGUCGCCGUUGUCACCGGCUCCGGCCGUGGCAUUGGCAAGGCCAUGGCCAUCGAACUCGCUCGCCGCGGAGCCAAGGUCGUCGUCAACUAUGCCAACAGCUCUGAGGCGGCCGGCAAGGUCGUGAACGAGAUCAAGCAGAUGGGCACCGACGCCAUUGCCAUCAAGGCCAACGUCGCCAACGUCUCGGAGACGAUCAAGCUCUUCGACGAGACGGUUGCGCACUUCGGCAAGCUCGACAUCUGCUGCUCCAACUCUGGCGUUGUCUCGUUCGGCCACCUCAAGGACGUGACCGAGGAGGAGUACGACCGCGUGAUGAGCAUCAACACGCGCGGUCAGUUCUUCGUUGCCCGCGAGGCGUACAAGCACAUGGAGGAAGGCGGCCGCAUCAUCCUCAUGGGCUCCAUCACCGGCCAGGCCAAGGGCGUGCCCAAGCACACUCUGUACUCGGGCUCCAAGGGCGCCAUCGAGACGUUUGUGCGCUGCAUGGCCAUCGACGCAGGCGACAAGAAGAUCACGGUCAACUGCGUCGCGCCCGGCGGCAUCAAGACGGACAUGUACCACGCCGUGUGCAAGGAGUACAUUCCCAACGGCGACACCUUGACCAACGACCAGGUCGACGAGUACGCCGCCACGUGGUCGCCGCACAACCGUGUCGGCCAGCCCAUCGACAUUGCCCGCGUCGUCGCCUUCCUGGCCUCGCAGGACGGCGAGUGGGUCAACGGCAAGGUCAUCGGCAUCGACGGUGCUGCUUGCAUGUAGGCGAGCCUAUUUGGUCAUGUUUGGAUGAGCGUUGGCGCAGGGUUUUCCUCUUCUCUGAAGAUGCGCGCAGAUGCUCUCGGAUGCGGGCGUUUUUGAGUCCCGGCGGGUUUGGACUUCUUCCAUGGAUAGUGAGGCGUUGUAGCAGUGCAGCAGGGACUUUCCGUAGACGGCUAUCGAAAAUGGCCUUUAAUGACAAAGGCUUGAUUGGUUGGAGAUUGGCCCGCUCUGCUUCUUUUGUGAAUUGCGAUUCGGCAAUGAUUUUGACGGUGCCUCCGCUAAAUAUACAAGCUUCCGGGUCACGGG